GAGGAGGCAACCCUUUGAAAACUUUUAUGGUGUGAUUUGUAAACAACAUUUUUCAAGGAGAUAGAUGAGUUUCGCCAGGGAUUGCCCUGCAAAAGUCUUUGAACAGAUUUUGUUUUUGUUUUUAACUGCUUAUAAAACGAACAGAUGCAGAAUCCUUCCCAAAUGAUUGGAUCUGCCUAUGAAGCAGCUCCUGUGUUCAUAAAGAGCCCACACAAUAUUACAGCCACUAAAGGCCAGCUGGUGGUGUUUGAGUGUCGAAUACAAGCCUCCCCUACUCUUCAAGUUCGCUGGUACAGAGACUAUAAUCAAAUCAUAGAUUCUGCAGACUUCCGCAUAUUAAGAAAAAAGGCAUCCUCAUCCAAGGUCCCUGAGGAAGUUUGUUCCUUGGUGAUAACAGAAGCUUUUCCUGAAGAUUCUGGAAUAUAUAUAUGUAUCGCUGAGAAUGAUUUGGGGGCUGUGGCAGCUAGCGCAUUUCUUUGGGUUUAUCAAGGAACAGAAGAAACUGGAAAUUUUGAAUCUGCUCCCUUGUUGUCAGAUAUGCCAGCCAGCACGAACAUCAGCUCUGCACCAGAUAGCCAAUUUGUAGUAAUGGGAAGAGAGGCAGAGGACAAAUCUUCUGAUGCAGGUGGACAAAAUGCCUCUGGUUCAGCAAAUGAAGUGGAACAUGAAAGCUCCCAGUGGCAGAAUUAUAACGAUCAGAGCAACAGUUUUCCUGACAUUUAUAAAAAUCCCUCUGACAAUUCAUACUAUUGCAGUUAUUCGAAGCCUAUGUACAAGCCGCAAACCGGUAGCCUUAAACAAGUACCAAAGUCUUCCGACAAAGAGAUACAAGGAACGAAAGACGCCCUCAUUCAAGACUUGGAAAGGAAACUACGAUGUAAAGAUAACCUUCUGCAUAACGGGAACCAACGUUUAAGCUACGAAGAGAGAAUGGCUCGCAGGUUACUUGGACCAGAGAAUGCUGCAUCUAUGUUUGUACCACAGAAUGAACAAAAUGCACAGGACACACAACAAAACUUGGAAAGUGUACGGCUGCAAGUUCCUUCUCCACACGUAAGGAAUAGGCCAUCUUCAAGAGGAGAAAAGGGCGAUCAAGACUCAAUUCAGGAAAAGUUUUUUCAACCACGUUUCUUGCAAGUACCUGAAGAUAUAACAGUUGAAGAAGGAAGAUUCUGUAGGAUUGAUUUCAAGGUCAGUGGGCUACCAACCCCAGAUGUGGCAUGGUACCUAAAUGGAAGACUUGUGCACCCAGAUGAUUUUCAUAAAAUGAUAGUAUCAGAAAAAGGCUUCCACUCAUUCAUUUUCGAAGUAGUUCGGGUCUACGAUGCAGGAACGUGGGAGUGUGUGGCGUAUAAUCGUGCUGGAGAAGCUUCCUUUACAGUGAAACUAGAUGUUAUUGCAAAAGAACAUCGGAAAGCGCCAGUUUUCAUUUCUAAAGCACACAGCACAAAGGUUUAUGAGGGGGAUUCAGCCAGACUCGAAUGCCAAGUGUCUGCUAUCCCCCCACCACAAAUCUACUGGAAAAGAAAUAAUGAAAUGGUACAGUUCAAUACAGAUAGAAUCAGCAUGUUUCAUGAUGCCACUGGGAAGGUUUGCUUGCUGCUCCACAGUGUAAAUAAGAAAGAUUCUGGUUGGUACACAGUAUCUGCGGUCAACGAGGCAGGGGUGGCAACGUGUCAUGCCAGAUUGGAUGUGGCUACUCACACGUACAAGCCACUUCCAAAUCCAAAGCCGCUGAAGGUUCGACCAACUUUUAGCAAGUAUUUGGCGCUUAAUGGGAAAGGUGUGAAUGUGAAACAGGCUUUUUUUCCCGAUGAAGGAGAAUAUCAGCGUAUGGCAGCACAGUCUGGACUUUUUGAGAGUGAUGAACUUUAAUCAAUAGCACAAAGAAAAUACGUAUUGCCCCUGCAACAGUCACUAAAUAAACAGUGCAUAGAUUCAAUUAAAUGGCAAUUGCACUGUCCAGCAAACAUGCUUAAUAUAUUUUUAUUUAUAAUUUAACUCCUGCUAUUCCUGCUGUUGUGGCUUUACCGUGAUCAAUUUUUACUAAUGUGUGUGCUGUAGCAGAAGGAAAUAGCAAAUGUUUGUACUUCUGAGUUUAAAGGCCAAGAAACUGGGCCUAGUUCAAGAAGAAAGUAAAAACUCUUUGAAUGCAUCUAGUUUCAGUCACCAGGUUAUUAUUUCUACCGCUUCAUUAAUAUCACUCCCAAUGUAAACAUUUCUGCUGGUUGAUUAAUAAAUAUAAAUUUGGGUGUUU